GGUAUGGAAAAGAGGAUGUUCGAUUUGCCGAGUCUGUUCGUCGAUGUUGAACGAGAAAUUCCAAGCUAAUCGUUCGCUAACGAUCUACACGCACGCUUCGCCACUAAUCUUCAAUAUAAAUACGAUGCAUAGAAGGAAUUGUAUAGUUUGAAAUACUUUGAAUCUUGGCCACGAGCGGCGUGCAAUGGUUGGCUGCCUCCAAAAUCAAAACCAACGCAUCAACGUAUCUCGGUCAGACACAGAUACUUGGCUUAAUUAGCGCAUCGAAGCGCGCGGAGCAUCCACGCGCGAUCGUAGGAGGAUUAGUAUCGAUUCUCCAUUAAUUUUAAUGAGAGAUGUUAAUCGAUUCGAGGUGUAACCGCUUUAUCGCUUGGCCGCAGUGAUCUCAGGACUCGUUGGUAUUCAGUUUCUUGCACUUCUUUCGCACGUAACGGGUGGCCUAUUUAAAAUUACAUAAUAAUAAGAUCCUCGUUAGCUUAUUUAUUACGAAAAUUCUAUUAGCUUAUUUCUUAUUCCGAGAUCCUUAUUUUUUAGUGCAAGAGAAUGUCGAAUAAUACUUUUUUUGUAGCCUCGUAUUCGAGGGAAAUCAAUUUUGAAUAUAAUUCGUGGCGACAAUAGGUCUUUUCGAAGAAGAAGGCUCGCAGGAAGAAAAUUCCUGGCACCCUUUCGAUUCAUUUUUACACGCUGAAUCAUCUCUUACUGGGUCGAGUCGCUCUUUUGUUAGCAGGGCACCCUAUACCGUACGGGCCCCAAUUUAACCCAAACAUGGAGACCAAUAUCUCCGCGUGGCUCGGAGUUCCCCAUAGAAUUCCACGCUUCCACGGGGCAAGACGGCGAACGCUGGAACAGAGAUGGGCGUGUUCGAAUGAUUUUGUAAUCGAAAUAUGUCUGAAACACUCAACACGAAAUUAAAAGAAAUUAAAACGUACGACAUAAGCCAAUAGGUUUUCCCAAAGGUUUUCCCAAGCGGGGCUUCAGAAUUUUCUUAACACAAAAAUGGUGGACACUUAAACAUCACUUUCCACUAUCGAUCCUAAUGAUAUGCACUUAAUUUAAUAAAAAAAAAAAAGAGAGAAAACAUUACACAUCAUCCGUGUUUGAUUCGAAUGAAAAGUCAUGAAUCUUCCUUUGGGAAAUCCUUUAUUCGCCAUUGACUGGCAAGUAUGCGAAAUUAAAAGAAAUUAAAACGUACGACAUAAGCCAAUAAAGGUUUUCCCAAGCAGGACUUCAGAAUUUUCUUAACACAAAAAUGGUGGACACUUAAACAUCACUUUCCACUAUCGAUCCUAAUGAUAUGCACUUAAUUUAAUAUUAAAAAAAAAAAGAAAAACAUUACACACCAUCCGCGUUUGAUUCGAAUGAAAAAUUAUGUAGCUUCCUUUGGGAAAUCCUUUAUUUAUCAUUGAGUGGCAAGUAUCGUAAGGCCUUUGUUAAUUUCAUCUGGAUGAUGCCCAUGUCUGGCGUGGAGAGGAACGCACGCGGUCGUGGCGAGGGCCAGAGGAGGCCAACAGCCAGCCACAGGCCCCAGCGGGAUGCAGGAGAGGCCGCGGCUGGGAACGGAGCCGUGAGCGAGAGGCUGCGGGGGAAGUGGAUGCCAGGCCGCGUGUGUUGAUGCAAGUGCGGUGACUGUACGGUGUGCUGACUGGCGGAGUCAGUCAGUCAGUCAGUCAGUCGGCUCGGCACCGGCCGCGACGCACGAUCGCGUGGAUUUUUCUUGGCUCCGUGUUGACACGUUGGCCCGUUCGAACGCUCGCGCGCGACGCUCGUUUUACCUGUUGUUUCGUCCGUUCAGUUUUCCCGCGUACGAUUUUCCACGCCACGAAUUUUGCCGCCCGUGUUGUGCCUCGUCCGGAUUAACGGGUCUCGUCGAAAUCAGCGCAGGACUUUGACGACCUCGAACUUCCGCCAGAUCCGGAAGUGUUCACCCCAUUGAGGUGCCCUAUACUCUCGUAACAGCGACGGUGUGGGAGGAGGUCCACAAGCUUUGGAUUUUAGAGCUCGAGGACCUACACCAACAAGUUCGUGGACCCCCAAGGGGGCAGCACUAAUUAGUUACAGUUUGGCGAUGAUGUAACGGGACUUUCGCUGUCGCUGCCGUGUAAGCAACGAUGUCCACGCAAUGCAACCGCUUCGUGCAGAAUGCCUGGAAGAAGGAACUCUGUUCGAACUGCUUCAAGCCGAGAGAGGAGCACACCCUGCCGGAAGAGACGCUCAGAAUGAACAUCGGCAGGGCUUUGACGAACGCCAAGACUGAUAAUCUUAAGAUACAGGGUAUCCUCCGCGUCAGGACCAGCCAUAAGGAGCAGAAGAAGAAGAGCGUCGCGUUCCCCGAAUGCCUGACGGUGAUAAUCGGCUACGGUGGCGAUGACUUCUUCACAGACGGUGAGGAGGAUGACGAGCAGGACUUCAUCGAGUCCUUCAACGGCGACGACGACGCUGUGCCCGACAGCGAGGAGGAACGAGCCUUGGGCAAUCUCACACGAGCAAAUACCAGCUUCAACACCAUCACCGCUAACUUGACGGAGGCGGUCGCAGCGCCCGAGACGACCAAGGCGUCAGCCACGGCGAGAUCCUUCGCUUCCUUGAUGCUGGGAAGGAUACAAAAGGACUCUGAGGGAAAGAAGACCACUCUUUUGGUCUCCGUGACGCCGUUCGGUGGCGACGAAUCCCUGCCAACGGCUAAGAGGCCCGUCGACAAGAAGGUCAACGGGUUCGUCAACGGACUCUCUAGUUCCAAGCACAAGCCUGCUGAGAACGCUGAUAAAUCCGAGAUAACGCUGAAGAGCGUGAAGAAGUUGGACGUCAAGGCCAAGAGGGACGACAGGGCGGAACAGAAGCAGCUCUCUGGUAUGGAAAAGAUCGUGGACAUGCCUCUGAUCACGUCCAACAGCAUCAUCUCCGUCAUCCAGCGGGAUUCUACAGAGGAUUGCGACGACGCGAGGGAGAAAACAAAAGAGGGGAUGGGGGACAACGCUGAGAGGAUCCUGGAACCUGGCAAAGGGGACAAGAGGGCCAACGUUUCACGCUAUUCAGUCAAGAAGCUGGAUAGCGAGAAGCUGAAGGUUCCUGUUCAGGGCUCUCAGAGCUACGCCAAGAUCGAUUACGAGAUUAUCGGCGGAGUGACGAAGAGGUCGCCAGAGAUCUUCACGUCCAAAGAGGAGGGGUUGGACAGGGGUAUCGAGUUGACGCUGACGCCAUUGUCGAAGCACGACAACGAGGAGGCUGAGAGCCAAAGGUCCAUGGUUCGAGAAAAGGAUACGGUUACAUUGUUGACGCAUGUUAAGCUGGAGGACACGUCCUCGCCCGUGCUAAGCAAAGUGGGAAAGAAGUUUAGUUUCGAAGAGAGCCGCGAGUUGGCAGGCGAGCCUGAUGGAAGGGCAGACGAAGAGGAGGUGACGGAACCACCCGCGCUUCCGAGAAGCCCGCCACCUGUCGAGGUUAGGCCUCCUUUUCAGGGUGAGACCAGCAAGACUUCCGUUAUAACCACGGAACCUCGACCGUCUUUCCUUCAUGGCACCGUUAAUCCAGAGUCCAAGACGAAGCCUGUGGUGCCUCAGAAGCCAGUGAACUUCGCCACCAAGUGUCCUGCUACCGCAUUUUCGGAUGGGCAUCCUCAGACGAAGAAGAGCUACGUCCUGCCACCGCCUUCUGUCCAAAACGCUGCUGGCAUACCUGUUCAAACUUCAGGUGCGAGUGGCUCCCCUCGAGAGCAGACGCCCACCCCCCAGACCGCCAAAGACAAGAUCGAAGAAGUCCAAGGAGGUCCGGUCGAGAUCUCAUUGAUCGAUCAGAGAGUGUGCAACGAAAUCCAAAAAGAGGAUCAUCGCGUCCUGGUCCAGCGAGCUCAGAAUGCCGCGAAGUUGGCAUGUCAAGAAUUCGAAUCGGCGAAAUCAGCAGACUCGAGACCUCAAGGAGUGAAAUCGAAGGCGCCUUUAACGUCGACGAGAUGUCAGCCCGCGGAUGCUGGCGAUAACGAGGCCCUGUUGGUCGAGGAAGACCUCCAGGACGUCCACGUCGAAUCGAUACGCUCGCCCAGCAAAAGAAGAAUGGCUCCCAAGCCCCCAGCAGCCGACACUGCGGAGGAAUUGGCGCCCAGUUCGACCUUGUUCGCCAGGAAUCCUAUAGCUACGUUCAAGUCGGACUCGCCAGUGGUUCGCGAGAAAGAGAAAAGGGAGAGAGCUUCCUCCUGCAGUCCAAAGUUUAGGAAGGCCGUCUCCGAGCUGCCCGACCCAACCAGCGCGCAGGCGGUGGAUCCUGCGUCCAGGAGGACGAUAUCCCUGUCGCAGGACAGUCUGACGACCAACCAGGAGGUCAGGGAGGAGAAGAAACGAGGCAGAUCGCGGUUCUCCUUGAAGAGAUUCCUGAGGAUGGGCUCGAGGAAGGACGUGGACAUGGUCGGACACUCGUCCAACGCGAGGAUCGACGAGAUUCCGACGACCCCGCAGCCCAAACCACGCUUGGAGAUUAUUCAUCCGCUGGAGUUGGAUGGCGCCGCAGUCGAGGUAGUGGGGAACGAUCGCAUCAGCAGGAUAAGCGAAGAUCAAACCGAUUCCUGCGGUUCCAGAGUCGACGCGGCUAGGGCAACUCGAUCGCCGCCGUCCACGGGAGCCCACGCAGCUGUGAGACCCGGAAAACCACCACCACCGCCGAGGAACCAGUCCUUGGAGGAUUGGUCUCGGCUGGAUCCAGCGAGCAAACCGGUCAGACCGCCGCCGCCGCGCGUGGAAACCAAGCAAUUGCCUCCGAGAAGCGACAAGUCUUCAACGAAAUCGUCGUCCACGUCGUCGUCCUCUUCGUCGUCGUCCUCGUCGUCCUGGCAGCCGAGCGCCUCGACGACCUCAGACUCGAUUUACGCGAAUCUGGCAGCGGAGGAUGUUACAGGUGAGGUGCGCAGCUCGUUGGCACCCUCGAAACCUCAACGCACCGCCAGCAUGAGGGACCAGGCGACCUCGCAACCGAUCCUCAAGAAACACGGAACCUCCAACACGGCCCUCAAUCAGGAUUACGAGGCAGUCGCGGUUACUGCAACGACCACCUCCGAUUCUCUGACCUCUAACGACAGCCAUGUUUACGAGUGCCUUUCCAGCUCGCCCGAAUGCGACUCGAAUCUCGAGCUUCGACACGGGGGCGGAUCUCAUCUCACGUGCAAGCGGAAAUCCGACAGCAACGCGAUGGAGCCGGCUGCGGAAUUCAAAUUCCAUCAUCAGACAUUCGUCAGAUCGACCUCGCUACCCUAUUGCGGUAGCGAGACUGAGAGCGAGCUUUACGCCCCGUACGGUUUUUACACAGGCGACGAGGGCCCCGAGGAGGAUCAGGACUGGAAGAGCAAGGACGACGAGUUGAGGAUAAGCCGAUUGAGGCAACGCAGAGGUCGCAGUAUAGUUCAUCGGAGUCUUGAGGAUAAUUACGGCGCCGUGGUGGUCGCGAAUCACGAGGCGCUCGCGCAGUUUCUCGAACAGCUGAACCAAACUCCUCAAGUGCCUGCGGGGUUGCGAGCUCUCAAAAAUACGAAUCCCCGCCUAAGCCACUUCAACAUCGAUACCAAUACGUCGAUCGCCGCGGGUAGACGAAUAUUUUAUUCGGCGACGUGGAACGAGCUGAACGUCACCCUGUGCGUCGCCUUCGAUCUGGCCACACACGUGUCGCGGAAGGAAUUUUAUUUGGCACCUAUAAUCGAGUUUAUAGACAGCGUACCGAAGGAAAUUACCGACAGGACGUGUCUGCUGGGGAACAAGCAGCUGGAAGCGACCAUUUCCGUUUUACCCCGGCUGCAAGUGAGCACUAUACAAUCCUACGGUGCGACGACGGGGGGUAUGCACGACGAAGGAAUAGUCAGAGAAGCCUCCUUCGUGCUUCUUCAAUUCGUCACCGCGUUGAAGAGCCUCCAAGCGCGAGGAAUCGAGGAGUCCGCGAGAAGCCUGAACAACGUGGUUCUCUGCAGGGAGGACAAGGACGCUUAUUACAGACUCUACCUUCUUCAGGGAUUGAACGUAGACACGAACGAGGAACGUGAAGAGGAGACGGUAUCGCUGUGCCAAUGCGCCCUGGUGGCUCUUCAACAGCUGAAUCUGACGAGCAGGUUACCGUUGAUUCAGGAACUACUUAUGAGGGAGAAGGCAGUGACAUUGUCUCAGGUGAAGUCCAUCCUCGAAUUUUCUCUGUGGGGUCCCGCGGACGUGACGUUCGGUGGUCCAAGAGAGAGGGAGAUCACCCUUCAAAGGUGGCUGGAUCUGGAGAGAGCCAACGUUCUCCAUGCCCUGGUCAGGACCAGAACUCCCCUCUCCGUCACCGAUGAAUACCAAUUGUUAUUCCUGGUCCGAACAAGCGCGAAAAUUAUGGGCGAAGCGUCGCUGCUCCUGGACGAGCAACGAGCCCGCUUGGCUCGAACUCGCUAAUCGUUCCUCUUUCGUGGAACAACCGAUGCCAAAACUACGAAACGGUUCGUGGACAAUAUACAGAGUGUACCGUAAGUAUGGGGUAAGUCGAAACCAACGAAUGGAGCUCACGAACGCCAUGUCAACAUUUCUAAACAACAAUUCAUCUUAUUCUUCUCUGCUACGAAAGAAUAUAUAAUUAAUUUGUUUUAUUUUUGCUUUAUUGAAAAAUAGGAUAGCCUAAGUAGGCUUUCUGUAAUUUGAACAGGAGUUAAGUCUUAAAUUAUUGAAACAUGAACAUCUGGUUAAUUUAAAAGGAUAUACAAAUUAAAUAGAAAUUUUGCUUUAUUUCUGUGAGUUUCAUUAGUCGAGACUUCGACUACGAUUCCGACAUAUUUAGUGUGUAUUUAUUUGACGCGAGUCAAACGAAGUUGGAACGAUUCAAAUUUUUUAUCUGAAUUUGGAGUGAUAACGAUUUUUUGGUUGAAUUUGGAGCGAUAACGUGUUGGCGACGGUUUUGUCAAAUUCGUAUCAUAUCUCGACAGAAAAAUUGAUCGCGGGCUCUGUAGAAGUGUAAGUACGUGCCAAUGCUCAAUUCAAGCGUGCGUUCGCGUGUGCGAUAAGGGGUGGAGGGGAGGGCCUGUGUGUUCGAUCGAUCGUUCGUUCGAAGGAUUGUAAGUAUGUUUUGUAGUAAUUAUUUCCGAUUACCGUUAAUAGCGACAGCGUGUAAUCGUAUUAAAUAUUUGUAUAAAUAAAUGC